UGGGCAUAACAAGUAGACACCAUGAGUCCUAAGCGACUUGUCUUCAAGAAGAUCUCCAAAGACAAGUCUGUGGGGGUCUACCUGCCAAAGAGAGACUUUGUGGACCACUGUGACUUUGUGGACCCUGUCGAUGGAGUUGUGGUGAUUGACCCGGCACAAUGCAAGGGCAAAAAAGUGUACGUGAUGCUCUCCUGCUCGUUCCGCUAUGGGAGAGAUGACAUGGACGUGAUGGGCGUUGCCUUCCGCCGAGACAUCUUCCUGUGCACGCGACAGGUGUACCCGGCGCUUCAAGACGUCGAGCGCAGCACCCACACCAAGAUGCAGGAGAACCUCAUACGCAAACUCGGGCAUGAUGCAUACCCCUUUUUCUUUGAGUUCCCAGACAACCUGCCCUGUUCAGUUUGUCUCCAGCCUGGACCCAGUGAUGUUGGAAAGCGCUGUCAAGUAGAGUUCGAAGUCAAGGCUUUCGUAGGAGAUAACGAGGACGAGAAGGCACAGAAAAAGAGCUCGGUGAAGCUGGCCAUCAGGAAGAUCCAGUACGCCCCUGAGGAGAGGGAGGCGCCCCCUGUUGGGGAGACCAAAUGCGAGUUCGUCAUGUCUGAGAAGCCCCUGCUCAUGAAGGCCAAGCUGGACAAAGGGACAUACUACCAUGGGGAGCCAAUCAACAUCCAUGUGGAGAUCACCAAUAGUUCUGGCAAGGACGUGAAAGACCUUUCAGUUGCAGUGGAGCAGGUCACCAACGUGGUGCUCUACUCCAAUGACAAAUAUGUGAAGCCGGUGGCAUCUGAGGAAACUUCAGACGUUAUCCCGGCGGGCACCUCGUAUAAGAGGGACUUCACGCUGGUGCCCCUCCUGGAGAAGGCCAAGGAGAGGCGUGGCAUGGCCCUGGACGGCAAGCUGAAGCACGGAGACACCAACCUGGCCUCCUCUAGCAUUAUCAAGGAUGAUGUCCUGAAGGAGGUCCUUGGGAUGAUCAUCUCCUACAAAGUGGUCGUCAGAGUACUGGCUGCAGGGUUGAUUGGAUCAAGUGAGGUGGCAGUGGAAGUGCCAUUCCGACUCAUGCACCCCAAGCCUGAAUCUGAUAAAGACUGUGCCUUCGAGGAUCUUGAGUUCCAGGAGUUCAAGCGCACCUACAUCAAGGGCAUCGUCGGGGCCGAGGACGACUCCCCGGCCGAGGGCUAA